AUGAUUCUUAGCACUCUUAUCUUCGCCAUCGGCCUCUCUCUCCGCGUUUUGGCAGCCCCUACUCCUAUUGAGAUUGAUCAGAGGGCAGAUUCAUCCGUCACAAUUAUUGAUGCCGCAACUAUAGCCUCCUAUUCUCCUUAUGCCAAUUUCGCCGCCGCUACCUAUUGCCCAGGGACCGCGACCUGGUCUUGCAAGGCUUGCAAAAGAGUGCCUGGUUUCAUACCCUAUGUGACAGGCGGAAACGGAGGCAGCGUGCCAUACUGGUAUGUAGGUUGGUGGCCAUCAGGAUCGUCGGUGGUGGUUGCGCAUGAAGGAACUGAUCCAACUAAAUUCCUAUCACUACUGACCGAUGCCAAUGCCUUCUUUGGGUCUCUGAGCACAUCUCUGUUCCCUGGAGUUACGAGCGCGGUACAAGUACACUCAGGGUUCAGAGACGCACACGCCGCGAGCGCGUCGGCUGUGCUUGCUGCAGUAAAGAAGGUUAUGGCAGAAAGGUCGAGUACCAAGGUGACACUGGUCGGACACUCCCUCGGCGGUGCACUCGCGACUCUUGAUGCCCUCUAUCUUAAGUUGAACUUGCUAUCGAAUGUCGCCAUCAAGGUUGUAACAUACGGGCAGCCUAGGGUCGGAAACCAAGAGUUUACGAACAUGAUGGAUCAGAAGAACUUCGACUUUUCGCGUAUCACAAAUAUAGAGGAUGUAAUCCCCAUCGUUCCGGGUCGAUUCCUUGGCUACCGCCACAUCUCGGGAGAGAAACACAUUAAAUAUACCGGCAACUGGAGAGCAUGUGCAGGCCAAGAUAAUACUAGUGAAGACUGUUCCAUUGGCUCUGUACCAACUGUCCUUCAGGGCAACUUGAUCGACCACUUGGGACCCUACGAAGGUGUCUGGAUCAGCACUCUAUCGUGCUAA